AAAAUGAUGACAAAUGGAAGAAUCAUUUGUGCAACACACCAAAUCAACCAUUGGUUUCACUGGGUAUAUAUAAGCCGCUGCAUCCAUUUCAUUCCUAAAGAAUAAUCGAUGAGCGCACAAGAGCAACCACUCCGGCCACGCGCCGCCACCGCCCAAUCAGCGGAUGACAUCAAUGAUACCAUCCAUGACGACCGACACGGCCCUCAGAUGACCAAUGCAUCUGAAGGCCCAAAAGAGAAAGAGGUUUCUUCUCCAAGAAGAAUCACAAUUACUAUUGGAGAAGCGUUGGAAGCAACGGCCUUGACGGCAGGGGACAGAGCAGUGGAUUACGGAGAUGCGGCUGCGAUACAAGCGGCGGAGGUCAGGGCCACAGGGCGGACAAGCAUAGUCCCUGGCGGUGUUGCGGCGGCCGCUCAAUCGGCAGCUUCCCGCAACGCGCGCGCCACGUGCGAGCGGGACAAAACGAAACUGAGUGAGAUCCUCUCGGACGCGAGCUCAAAGCUGCCGUGCGAUAAGGCGGUGACCCGCAGGGAUGCGGAGGGAGUCAUCGGAGCGGAGGUGAGAAACGACCCCAAUUUGUGCACUCGUCCCGGCGGCGUUGCCGCUUCCGUGGCCGCCGCCGCAAGGCUCAACAGCCAGAACUCCGCCGACGUGAAGCACAAUUAGCAGACUAGAGACUAUUCGUCCCCAUUCUUAUUAUUAUCAUCAUGUACGGGGGGAGUAUUAUUUUUUGUGGGAGUUGUUUUUUGAGCAAGAUAUAGCCAUCGUACAUACGUAGAAAUAUUCCGUAUGAUUGUAUGGAGUCAUGGUGAACAAUGAUUUUUUCCAUAUACUCGGCAUCUACUUUUAUACUUCCUAUCCGCUAGAACUUUUCAUGUAGUUUAUUACUAUAUAAAUUUUAUUUUAAAAUUUUACUCCUAUAAUCAAUUAAAUUGAAUUGA